AUGGAGGACACCAGUGUCACAAUUACGACCAUGGAAGAAGGCAGAGAACAGGCCUCCGCCUCCACACUCGAUAGUCAGGACUUGAUGGACGCGGUUCAGAUGCUGUGCAAAUGGUGUCCAGGCUACUGUCCGAUCAAGAGCCUCUCCAGGAAGAUGAGGUCUUUCCUUGCCCUCAUUCGCAUUGUCGAGUCCCAAACCGGUCUACCUUCACAAAAUCCCCCUCGUCGUCUUUCUGCGCAAGGCAAUAUCGAAGUUUACCCUGUCUCUAUUAUCGCCAUCGAUAGCACCGAAGCGCAGCAGCGGCUGCUCGCUCUGGGGAAGGGCAGGAUGUCGGAUGCCGACGUAGCGGCGUUUCGCGGGAAGUAUUAG